UUUGCAGCCAACUUCACUUCAAUGAGUUCUUCAACCACGUGCGGUGUUUUUAUGUUUGAAACUCGUGUUAUGAAUUAAAGAAAAUGGGUAAAUUCAGAUCAAAACUAAAGGGAAAAUCGAAAGGGAAGAGAUGGCAGAAGGGACAGUCGUCGAACUCCAACCCAAAAAUACAGAAAUACCGGGAGAUGGCGAAAUCCCGGUUUUUUCAAGAAAAUCUAGGCAGCACCGGUUUAACCCAGCAAGCUGUUUCAAAACACGAUGCCAUGAUGACUUAUGGUCAUGCAUCAUUGAAGAAGAAAUCUGAUGCAGAAAACGAGUUACUUAUAGCUAAGGAGCUAGAGAACAUGUCUAUGAAGAGUGGAGAUGACGGUUCAGAGACAGAAUAUUCAGAAUCCUUCAAAUCUGGCACUUACAAGACAUUUCAGACAUUUGCUUCCGACUGGAGUCAAUGUUCUAAUAUAAGUUUUAGCAAGUUGCUGACAAGAUUUGACUCAAACAAUGGCCUGCACAAGGAGAUGCUAGCAGUGCUAGCUGCAGUCACAGAAGUUAUAAAGGAGCAGGGAGGCAAGGAGUCCACCACGGAGUACUUUGCAGCUCUGAUGGAAACUCUAAAAUCAUCAGAAAUGGAAGAGAACCUAGUGGCAACAUUGACUUUAUUAUCUAUGGGCAUCAAGGCAGUACCUCCAGCAGUUUUGAGGAAGCAGUUCUCAGACUCAGCGACUAUUUUCAUGGACAUCUUAGAAAAGAAUGAACAGAGUGAGAAUGGAGCAUUGUUGAGGAGUGCUAUUGGGUGCCUCUCUGUGUUGCUGAGGGCCCAGGAGUAUGCCCUCUGGGGAGACUCUUCUACUAUGAGGGUCUUUGAGUCUGUACUUGCGUUUGCACUGCAUUCUAAACCUAAGGUACGUAAAGCAGCUCAGCAUGCAGUGACGUCAGUACUACGCGGCAGCUGUUUCAUGAUACCAUCUGAUGACCAGAAAGUUAAAGUACCCAAGCUCCACCCGGGUUCGAACCGCGUAGCAGAGUUCUGUCUAUCUCAGAUCAAGGCAGAGGCUUUGUUGGCCGGGCAUCGAACUGUGUUACAUACACUGACGAUGCUCAGGGACGUACUGCCUGUAUUUAGCAAGGAUUAUAUCAAGUCAAUAUGCGAGGCGAUACUGUCCCUAAUGACGCACAACAACGUGUACAUAAAGACGUGUUGCCUGCACACGCUGCACGCGUUGUUCUCAAGCAGUAAGGAGUCGAGCAACAUGACUGCGUCGUUGGCAGUGCAGCUGACAAGGGCGCUGAUGGCCGCCCGGCCGCCCGCCAACGACACGGGACAAGUACUCGCCUGGGCAGCUGUGUUGCAACAAGGAUUUUGCUGCUUGGCUAAUCUGGACCUGAACCUGUGUAUGCCGAACUUGCCAGCGUUCGUGAACAUCUGUGUGUCGGAGUUGUGGCUGUCCGACGUCGCCGACAUCAACUCCGCAUCCACUAACGCUUUGAAGGCAGUUCUACUGGACUGUGUGAAGUUGGCAGUGGACUCGGACGAGUCGUUCAUCAAACACAAGUCGCACGUGGAAGCUAUCUUCAAGAGUAUCGGCACCGGGCUCGACAACCCGUUCAACCAAGCCAUCCGCCAUGUUAUAAUGACCAUAGCUGUGUGUUUCGAGAUCGGCAACGAGAAAGUAGCAAACUCACUGGGACCUCUUUUGAGGAAACUGAACGACCGUCGCGAGAGUCACAACUUUGACAACGACAAAGAGGUUGAAUACGCCACUGGAUGCGCCAUCAAGUCCCUCGGCCCAGAAUUUGUUCUUCGCAUAAUACCUUUGAGAGACGGACCAGAAAAAAUAAACUUAGAAAGGAGCUGGCUCCUUCCAGUACUCAAAGAAAAAAUAACACACUCAAACCUCAAAUUCUUUGCGACAGAAAUCUUAGAAAUGGCAACUUUCUGUCGCAAGAAAUCGAGAGAACUAACUCAAAUGAAGGAUGUUCCCGGAUCACACACUUAUGAGUUGCUGUGCAAUCAAUUUUGGGCCUUACUGCCCUCAUUUUGUAACAGCCCGAAAGACAUAAAAGACAAUUUCAAAUCUAUUGCAAGGGUAUUAGGUAGUGUUUUGAAAGAUAACCCAGAAUUUAGGUUGUCAGUGAUGCAGGCUCUUAGAAAGCUGAUAACUUGUUCCGCUGAUAAUGAGGAAGAUCAAUUAGAAUUGGGAAGGUUUGCGAAGAACUAUUUGCCUAUUUUACUGAAUGUGUACAUGUCGCCUGCUAAGGGAAGUUACGCGGAAGGACAUAGACUGGCUGCUUUGGAAACUAUACAGGUAUACCUAACAAUAAGCGACCAAACUCUACGCGAGGAACUAUUUACAAACGCCCUCCAACAACUAGAAACUUCAAAGGAAAAUCACUUCCAAAGAGAAGCGAUUCUAGACAUCAUAAGGACGUUAGUCCUAUAUCAAAGUAGCGAACGAAUCGCAAAACUUUUCGACGACUGGGUAUACCCACUUUGUGAAACAGUUUUGGAAGAUCCGAAAAAACAUAAAAAGGCCAAGAAAGAGAAUCAAAUGGAGACAGAGAAUGGAGAGGGAGAAAAGAAGAGUGAAUUGAAGUAUAAAGAGAAGUCGAAACUUCUGGAAAUGGAACAUAAGAAGGCUUAUAGGAUAUUAGAAGAGAUCUUCAAGAGUGACAAAGAGAGUUGUAAGGAGUUUUUGAAAGAGAAUUAUAAGAAGAUUAAGAAGUUGUUAAUGUCGUCCUUGAAUAAGGUCGCUGAUAGCAGCAAGGCUGCUAGGUUAAGAUGUAUAGAACACCUAAUAAACACGACACCGUUCUUGAACGCGGAGAGCAAGUUACUGAAGAGCGCUAUAGCGGAAUCUGUGAUAUGUACCAAGGACAUCAACAGCAAAUGCAGGCAGUGUGCCUUCAACCUUAUCAACAGUGUUGGAGCCGUUCUCAAGUCUCAGGAAGGAGGUAUGCAAGCAUUCGUGAACAUGUUGACCUCGGGUCUCUCAGCGCCGCUCCCUCGCAUCGUGAGCGCGACCCUCCGCGCCAUAGCGUCAGCAUUGUUCAACUUCUCGGAGGACAUGGGGCUGGAGACUGUUCAGGGUCUGCUGGAGACCGUGGUGGAACACAUGACCAAUAAUAACAGAGAGAUUGUGGCUGCUUGCAUGAGUUUCUUGAAGGUAUACACAAAAGUACUACCAACAGAUGUCCUAGCAGGCAGUCUACCAGUUAUCUUCAAAGCCCUAUCUACCAUGCCAGAAGACUGCAAGAGACACUCGAGGCUGGAGAUAGGAUACUUCCUAACUAAGAUGAUGAGGAAAUUCGGAGCUGACACCGUCGAGAAACUGAUUCCACCGACUGAUGAAGUCAUGUUGAGGAGACUGAGGAAUAUUCGCAAGAUGGAUAAUAGGAAGAAGAGACAGAAGGAGAAUCAGCAGGACCAAUCAGAUGAUUCAGACACAGACAUGCCAAUCAAGGGCACAUCCAAAACGUUAGAAGACAUCCUCAAAGACUCUGACUCCGAGAUGGAGUUCUUGGAUGAAGAGGAUGAUAAACCAAGGCCCAAGGUCAAGAAGAUGACCAAGACUAAGGGCAAGAACCAGGCCUGGAUCGAGGACGAUCCGGAGAAUAUUGUGGACUUGGCUGAUGUCUCCGCUUCCAGAAAGAUUACAGCAACGGACCCAUCACGUAAGCAGAAGGCAUCAGAAGUUAAAGCACAGAAGAAGAAGGACGGUGGCUUCAAGACUGCGCCUGAUGGUAGACUGAUCAUCACUGAUGAUGCGUUCGACAAUGAUGAUGAUGACGACACUCCUAGGCCGAGUGGGGAUAUUGAUACCGACACUGAUGAUACUGACGCUGAAGAAGAAGAGUCAAAACCCUCGAAAUUACUUAAGCCUGGUGCCAAGCGCCGUUACGAUGACAUCCUCAGUUUGAAGAGUGGCAGGUCCAGCAGGAGUCGCGCGUCCACCGUCACCGUGGGAUCCAAAUACAAGGCUGGAGGCAAGGGUAUCCAUAGACCGCUAGGAUCAGCUGCAUCAGUAGCGUCAGGCGCUGGAUCGGAAUACAGGGCUAAGAAAGCGAAGGGUGACGUGAAGAAACAAGGCAAGCACGAUCCCUACGCGUAUCUACCGCUAUCUAGGAAGAAUUUGAAUAAGAGGAAAAAGGCACAGACAUCAAAACAAUUUAAAGGCGUCGUUAAAUCAAAAACGAAAUUGGGGAAGAAUAAAAAGAAAUGAGAGUAAAAAUCAUUAUAGACAAAUAUGUAAUUUUAUUUUUAAGGUUAUUUUAAUUACUGUUGACAGUUCUUUUCGGUUGAUUUUAAACCUUAUUGUAAAGUAUUUAAGCUGAUAUUUAUAUAUUGCAAUCUUCAUCCAGGCUUGAUAAAAAUAAACAUGUAUUUAAAGCUUCUAAUAAAACGAACUGUAAACAAAAAUCUCGGAUUAUUAUUUUCAUACUCUACGCGAAGUUUCAUUGCUUAAAAUGCUAUUAAAAAAGUAACAAAUGUUUAUACUCUGUGGUCGAACUCUGUUUAUGUUCGACAAUCUCACGUUAUGGACUUGUGUAAUGUUGAAACUUUAAAAUAUUUGUUAAUAAAUCAAUAUCAAAUA